GCAGCAGUGAUUAGUUAAUUUUCUCGUUGCGCUCAAACAGAACAGACGUGCGGUGCGCGUAGCAGAGUGUAGAGAGUGUACGAAAACAACAAAGAGUACGAAACGAAAACAGAGCCAAGUGCAUCGCGAAUUGUGGCUAAAGCAGUAGACAGUGCGACUAGAGAGACAGUGCAGUGUCCAGUCCAGCGACAGACAAGUGCGUGGCUCCGUGGUUCCCAACAAAUGGCCCUUGAGGAUCGCUGCAGUCCACAAACAGCGCCCAGCCCACCAGGUUGUCACCCGCACUACGCCGUAACCAGCAUCUCAGCCACCGCCCUCGACAUGAGUCUGCAGCACCAUCCCCAGCAGAGCCCGCCACCAGCGCCGGUGGCCGCGCUCUACCAUCAGCAGCAGCAACAGCUGCAGCACCUGCACCAGCUGCAGCAGCUCCAGCAGCUCCACCAGCAGCAGCUUGCUGCCAGCGCCGGUGUCUUCCCCCAUCCGGCAGUGGCCUUCGAGGCAGCGGCAGCCGCCGCCCACGCCGUUGCACUGCAGCAGCGCCUGAGUGCCAGCGGAUCGCCUGCUUCCUGCUCGACCCCCGCCUCGUCCACGCCGCUGACCAUCAAGGAGGAGGAGGGCGACUCCAUCAUGGGCGACGGUAGCUUCCACAACCAGACCCACACCACCAACGGCACGGCCACCGAGGACGUGGAGGACGACGACAUCGAUGUGGAUGUGGACGAUACUGCCGCAGGACGCCUGCCUCCGCCGGCCCACCAGCAGUCCACGGCCAAGCCCUCGCUGGCCUUCUCCAUCUCGAACAUCCUCAGCGACCGCUUCGGAGACGCAGCACCCAAGCAGCAGACACUAAAGAAGCCAGGAUCGCCAAACGCCUCGCUGGAGUCCCAGGCCAGCAUUUUCCGGCCCUUCGAGGCCAGACGAGCAGCCGCUGCCACGCCCUCCGCCUUCACGCGGGUGGAUCUUCUGGAGUUCAGUAGGCAGCAGCAGGCAGCGGCUGCUGCAGCCACCGCCGCCAUGAUGAUCGAGCGGGCUAACUUCCUCAAUUGCUUCAACCCGGCCGCCUACCCUCGCAUCCACGAGGAGAUUGUCCAGAGCCGUCUGCGCCGGAGCGCCGCCAACACGGUGAUCCCUCCGGCCUCCAAGAUGAGCGAGUCCUGCGCUGAAAAGUCCGCCCUGGGCUCGCUCUGCAAGACCGUCUCCCAAAUCGGCCAGCCCACAACGACCACGACCUUGCCCCCGCAGCUGAGCAGCUCCAGCAGCCUGGCCAACAACCUGGCCAGUCCACCGCCCGCCAUGAUGAUCGAGCGGGCUAACUUCCUCAAUUGCUUCAACCCGGCCGCCUACCCUCGCAUCCACGAGGAGAUUGUCCAGAGCCGUCUGCGCCGGAGCGCCGCCAACACGGUGAUCCCUCCGGCCUCCAAGAUGAGCGAGUCCUGCGCUGAAAAGUCCGCCCUGGGCUCGCUCUGCAAGACCGUCUCCCAAAUCGGCCAGCCCACAACGACCACGACCUUGCCCCCGCAGCUGAGCAGCUCCAGCAGCCUGGCCAACAACCUGGCCAGUCCACCGCCCGCCUCCAAUGCCUCCACUAUCAGCUCCACCUCGACGGCCACCAGCUUAUCAUCCUCCAGCUCCUCGGGCUGCUCCUCGGCCCCCAGUUCGCUGAACUCCUCGCCCAGCAGUCGCCUGGGAGGCAGUGCAGCGGCCAACGCCAGCAGUCCACAGCCCCAGCCGAUUCCACCACCCUCUGCCGUGAGCCGCGACUCUGGCAUGGAGUCCUCGGACGACACCCGCUCCGAGACGGGCUCCACGACCACCGAAGGCGGCAAGAACGAGAUGUGGCCCGCCUGGGUCUACUGCCCCCGCUACAGCGAUCGUCCCAGCUCAGGACCCCGCUACCGCCGCCCCAAACAGCCAAAGGACAAGACCAAUGACGAGAAGCGGCCACGCACGGCCUUCUCCAGCGAGCAAUUGGCCCGCCUCAAGCGGGAGUUCAACGAGAAUCGCUAUCUGACCGAACGGCGACGCCAGCAGCUGAGCGGAGAGCUGGGCUUGAACGAGGCCCAGAUCAAGAUCUGGUUCCAGAACAAGCGGGCCAAGAUCAAGAAGUCCAACGGCUCCAAGAACCCUCUGGCCCUCCAGCUGAUGGCCCAGGGACUGUACAACCACAAGACGGUGCCACUGACCAAAGAGGAGGAGGAGCUCGAGAUGCGCAUGAACGGCCAGAUCCCCUAAAAAGGGGCUGGAAUCGGUCGGCCAGCGAACAGAGCGGGAGUGUGUGCAACAAAAAUGGCAGGGGGGGCGGAGGAGGGUACAAAAGGUUCUCAUGUGAUAUAAUUGUAAUAUAUUAUCAUCUAUUAUACAUUAGCAUAUAAACCAUAAGUAUCUCUAGCGAAUUCGAUGUGUAAGUUGCUGGCGUAUUUAUUUAACCAUCCGAAGAUAGAAAUCGGAAAGCGGCUAUCGGAUAUCCCGUAUCCGAUCGAUCCGAAAUUUUAUAUUCUUCUAACACAAAAGCUUCAACUUUCAAGCGUUUAUUCCUACACAUAGAUAUAGUGGAAAAUUACUUUAUAUAUAUGCUAUAUUCAGUUCUCUAUCGCCUAUGUAAUCUCUGUAAAUUAAGUAACUUAACUGUUCCCUAGCUUAAAUCCUAGUUUAAACACCACAGCAGUCCCCUGAGGACUGCAUUGCUAUGAAAGAACAGAGUAUUUUUAGUCGUUAAGUCUGCAAAGUGUUAUGGAUCCAAUAAACGCACAGAAAAGAUACAAAAUACUUAACAAAAAAUACAUGUGCUAAAAUCAAGAAAAAAAAUCACAAAA